AUGGGAGAGGAACUGUCCCUACAGAACCGAGAAGAGAUGGAGUCCUGCUUGAAAAGCCCUGAGUUGAACACAAGGAAUGCAUUUUUGGAAGGAGGAAAUGAUACCUCUCACAAAAUUCAAAGUAAAAACCUUGAUCUGUCUUUUCAGGAAUUCAUUCUUCUUGGAUUUUCAGAUCUUCCCAAUCUCCAAGGGGUUCUCUUUGGGAUUUUUUUGGUAAUCUAUAUGAGUAUUCUGAUAGGAAAUGGCCUCAUCCUUAUCAUAACCAAAGUUGAUCCAGCUCUCCAAACUCCCAUGUAUUUUUUCCUUGGAAAUUUUUCCUUCUUGGAAAUCUGUUACACAUCAGUCACUCUUCCAAGAAUGCUGAUGAACCUUUGGUCUCAGAAAAGACAUAUUUCUUUGUUGGCCUGUGCUGUACAACUUGGCUUCCUCCUCAUUUUGGGAGGUACUGAGUGCCUACUUCUGGGUGUAAUGGCAUAUGACCGUUAUGUGGCCAUUUGUAAGCCUCUGAAUUAUCCUAUGAUCAUGAACCACAGGGUAUGUGUUCAGUUGGUGGUUGCCUCAUGGGUCAGUGGAGUCCCAGUCCAGAUUGGACAAACAUACCAGAUUUUCUCUUUACCCUUCUGUGGUUCUAAAAAACUCAAUCAUGUUUUCUGUGAUAUCCAUCCUUUAUUUAAAGUGGCAUGUGGAGACAUCUCUUUAAAUGAAUUCUCUGUGUAUGCUGAUGCUGUACUCUUUGCUAUGGUUCCUUUUCUGCUAAUAAUUGGAUCCUAUGUCAAAAUCAUUUCCACUAUCCUAAAAUUGCCAUCUGCCACUGGAAGGUCCAAAGCCUUCUCUACUUGUUCCUCCCAUCUCAUAGUUGUGGCUUUAUUCUUUGGGUCUGCUAUCAUUAUGAAUUUAAGACCUAAAUCAUCUCAAUCAGAAGGAAUAGACAAAAUACUUGCCCUUUUCUAUACCAUUGUUACCCCUAUGUUUAACCCCCUAAUAUACAGCCUAAGGAACAAGGAUGUCAUUGCUGCAAUGAAAAAAAUAUUUCAAAUUUUAGUAGUAUAA